AUGCUGCCGCAGGCGGGCCUGGCCGGCAUGAUGGGGAUGGCGGGAAGCAGCAAUGUGCAGGGUGAGGACCAGAAGAAACUGGACCUAGUGGCCAACGAGGUGUUCAAGAACAGCCUGCGCCGCUCCGGGCAGUGUUGCAUCCUGAUCACCGAGGAGGAGGAGGAGCCGAUCUUCAUUGAGGAGCCUCACCGCGGCGACUAUGUGGUGGUGUUUGACCCGCUGGACGGCUCAUCCAACAUUGACUGUGGCGUGUCAGUGGGCACCAUUUUUGGGAUAUACAAGGCGAAGAACCCGGGGUCGGGCAACUACUCGCUGGAGGACGUGAUGCGGCCAGGGACGGAGAUGGUUGCGGCUGGGUACUGCAUGUAUGGCAGCAUGAGCUACAUGAUGAUCACCACGGGCAAGGGCGUGGCUGGAUUCACUCUGGACCCCACGCUGGGCGAGUUCGUGAUCACGCACCCCAAAGUGCAGGUGCCCAGCCGCGGACCGAUCUAUUCCAUCAACGAGGGCAACGCAGUCAACUGGGAUGCGGCCACCAAGAAGUACGUGGAGGCGUGCAAGGCGGGCACGUACAACAACGGCAAGCCGUACAGCCUGCGCUACGUGGGCUCCAUGGUGGCCGACGUGCACCGCACCCUGCUCUAUGGCGGCAUCUUCAUGUACCCGGCCGAUAAGAAGAACCCCAAGGGGAAGCUGCGUGUGCUGUAUGAGUGCUUCCCGAUGGCUAUGCUGGUUGAGCAGGCAGGCGGCAAGGCCAUCACAGGAACCCAGCGCAGCCUGGAGACCAUGCCCGACUCCAUUCAUGACAGGGCUCCCAUCUACCUGGGCAGCAAGGAGGAAGUCGAGCUUAUAGAGAUGUUCAAAAGGGAGAUGGGGGCGCAGUGA